CCAAACUACUGAGCACCUACACGUUUAAUAUGACUGCCAGCAACAUCAGUGGAAACUGACAUUUCAUGAAGCUAUUUGAAGAUAUGAGUUAAGUUGUAAAUCUUGUUAAAUAAAGAAGAGGAAGAAGAAAGAAAGAAUUAAAAGAAGAAGAGUGAAGAUGGCAGCGUCAUUAGGCGGGAAAUCGACGACUCUGCGCAGUGGAGUGAAGGAUGAGUUUGUCAAAGUGAGGAAAAGAGAGUUAGAGAAAUUAACUACAGAGGUCAUGCAGCUGCGGGAAUUUCUGCCCAGAGUCCUGAAUGGGAACCUUAUUGAAAUGCUGCAUAAAGCUCGAGCUGCAGGGACAAUGAAGGAACGGAUUGCUCAGGAACAGGAGCAGUUGCGACAGGAGUGUCUUCAUCUCCAGUCUCGGCUGGAUGCAGUGCAAAGCGAGUGCCAGAAAGAAAGAGAGGAGAAGCUGUUGCUGCGUGAGCAGCUGUGGCAGAGCAGUGCGGAGCUCCAGCAGCAGGCAGACUUUUGCUCUGAUCUGGGGGCUUCAGCCUGCAGCCUCCUGUGGACCUGCUCCGCUGGGGAAGAUGUUGUCACUCUCUGGGUGGCUCAGGGGAAGCUGCAGUCCUUCCUGACUGUUGCUGGCCAAACUCUGGAAAGCUUUGUCAAGUCUCUGGAUGAAGAGGUGAAUGCUCAGUCUGAGGACUACAACACCCAUGAGCACCAGUUUGUCCUUGGUCUGGCUGGAGUCAUUACCAAUGUAGCGGCUGUGACGUGUGGGCGGAACUACCUGUCAAGCUCGGCUCAUGUCUUGCUGGACACUUUGAUGAGGCUGCUGGAGCUGAUGAAACCUGGUGUCUUCCCAAAACUAAAAGUGUUGAUGCUGAUGGCUCUCUAUAAUGUCAGCAUCAAUGUUAAAGGGCUGAAGUACAUCAGUGAGAACCCUGGACUCCUGCCACUCAUUUCCACCCUGCUGGAAGAUGGAGACUGGGAGGUAUGUCUUCACUCACUGCGUCUCCUCCAGUCAGUGUUGUUGGAAGAGGAGCUACUGGUCCCACUUGGCUCCUCUCUGCUGGAUCCGGACCUCUUGGCUCGUAUUAGCCAGCUAACCUCUAGCCUGCAGCCCAGUGUGAAACUCGCUGCCCAGCAGACCCUGGAGGACCUCCAGACCCACCAACAGGGUCAGGGGAGUAAACCAACCAGCUUCUGAUCUAGACACUGGAUUUUGCAACAGUGUGUUGCCCCACCUUCAGCUGACUGUACCCAAAAGGAUACAUUGACAGUUUCAGUUUUAGUCUGUGAUUGUUCUUCCAACUGUUCAUCACUGUCACAUUCUCCUUGAACAGCUUGUUAGCAUUAGCAUGAAAAAGUGAAAACUUCUCACCACAACUUUUUAGUUACCAGAUUAACAUAAAAAUUGUUACGUAUUCUAAAAGUUCAGUAUAUGUAACAUAUAUGCAUGUAAGAUAUAUGUUUGAUAUAUGUACUUUCACUUUGUUCUUGAAGCAGGUUAUUUUCUAUAUGACAGAUAAAAUUUAUCAGAGUCUAGAAUAUACAACAGCACUAAGAUGAGCUGUUAACACUGAAAAGGCUUGGGGAAUACCUCGUUGUUGAGCCCUCACAUUCCUGUGCUUUGUUCACAAAAAUAAUUAAUGUCCUUGUUAGUAUGAAAGAAACAACAUUUUAAGUGAAUUUGAUAACAUUUG